CACAAAACUCUCUCUCUCUCUCUCUCUCUCUCUCUCUCUUCCUUCCCCUGAUAUUUCCCUUACUCUGUUUUUCUCUCCCCCUGCUCUGUUUCAAUACUCUGUUUUCCAUUUCUCCGGAAUUCAGAGACAUGGUGGUCCUGUCUCGUCCAGCAUUAGACCAUUUCUCCUCAAUCAAGACAUGCAAACCCACGGCGGGGCUGUUCGCCGGAAUCCCGGUGGUCGAUUUCGCCGACCCGAACGCUAAGGCCCUGAUUACAAGGGCGUGCCAGGAGUUCGGGUUCUUCAAGAUGGUCAACCACGGCAUCCCAUUGGCGACAAUCAACCGGCUCGAGUCCCUCGCCAUUGAAUUCUUCAGCCUCCCCCAAUCCCAGAAAGACGCCGCCGGCCCUCCCGACCCGUUCGGCUACGGCAACAAGAGAAUCGGACCCAAUGGCGACAUCGGCUGGAUUGAGUACCUCCUCCUUCACUCCCACAAACCCGCCGCCGGCGCCGGCGCCUUUUUCGACAGCCGUCGGAAUUUCCGGGCUGCGGUGGAGGAAUACGUGGCGGCGGUCAAGGCGAUGACGGUGGCAGUGCUGGAAGCGAUGGCGGACGGGUUGGGUAUAGAGCCGAGAAAUGCGCUGAGCCGGCUGGUCAGGGGGGAGGACAGCGACUCGUGCCUGCGGUUGAACCACUACCCUCCCUGCCCAGAGGUUCAGCCCCUGACCGGUCAGAACCUCAUCGGGUUCGGGGAGCACACCGACCCGCAGAUCAUAUCUGUCCUCAGAUCCAACAACACCACUGGCCUCCAAAUCUGCCUUCGGGAUGGCACUUGGGUUUCUGUCCCACCUGACCACUCCUCCUUCUUCAUCAAUGUCGGCGACGCCCUCCAGGUGAUGACUAACGGGAGGUUUAGGAGCGUUAAGCACAGAGUAUUGACGGACCCCACGAAAUCGAGGGUGUCGAUGAUUUACUUUGCGGGGCCCAGGAUGAGCGAGAGGAUAGCAGCACUGGGAUCGGUAAUGGAAGCAGGGGAGGAGAGCCGGUACGUGGAGUUCACAUGGGCUGAGUACAAAAAAUCGGCUUACAAGUCAAGGCUGGCCGAUUACAGGCUCGGCCAGUUCGAGAAGAAGAACAUCGAGUCGUCCCCACCCAGCCGCGUUCCCAACUCGGUUUCUUAGUGACGAGUGAACCAAAAUUCAAUUUGGUUUUGGCCUCGGUUAUUAUUAUAUAAUUAUAAUAUUAUUAUUAAUGUCUAGCCAGUAGGCAGUAGCCACCACCACCACCAUAGCUGACUCAGACUUUGCUAUGUAUAGAAAACGAAUAGGUUGCCUUCUUCUUUCCGCCCUUUAGUUUCCUUUACCGGCUGUUCCCUUCUCCAGUUGUUUCUUUUUCUUCUUUUUCUUCAGCUAGCUCGUAGUUAGGAAUUAGGAUCAUGUAGUAGUUCAGAAUAUUGUACUUGUUCUUGUGGGACGAAAUUGAGAGGGGGGAAAAAGAACCCUUGUAAAAGAUCCUGGCGUUUUACUUUUUUAUCAAAUGCAACUGAAUGUGUUCAUAUGUGAAUUUCUGACGUGUAAAAUGUAUAGCAGCAGCUGGUGUUGGUGUUUGUGUUUGUUUUGCCGU